AUGUAUUUUAACUACAAAAAAACAUUCAGCAUUGUCCUCCUAGGAAUAGUGGACGCAAAUUACAACUUCCUUUUCGUAGAUGUUGGUUGUCAAGGUAGAAUUUCAGAUGGCGGCGUAUUUUCGAACAGUCCCAUUUACAACAAACUGGAACGGGGGGAGCUAAAUAUUCCCGCUCCGGAAAUUUUGCAAGUUCCCUACCAGGUGAAAAUUCCUUAUUACCUUCUAGGUGAUCAGGCGUUUGCUAUGAAGGAGUACUGCAUUCGUCCAUUUGCAGGAAUGCACGCUGCAGAUUCUAUGGAACGUGGUUUCAACUACCGGCAUUCAAGAGCGCGCCGCACUGUAGAGAACGCUUUUGGGAUUUUAGCAAAAGUGUUCAGAGUCUUAGCUAAACCCAUAGAUCUGGAACCACCUAUUGCAGAAAAAGUCGUUCUUGCAGCUGUAACAUUGCACAAUUUUCGACGACGCCACACACUAUACAACUAUUCGAACGAAUUACUUCCAACUACAAAUCAAGAAUCAACGCUUAUUUCCGAAGAAUUGAACGAUAUACCACCACCAGCUGCAAUGAUACCUUUAUCGGGUAUUCCGAUUAGGCCGACACGAGCAGUGCAAAACAUUCGGACGCACCUAGCUCAACACUUCAAAUAUAAUGAUCCAUUGUCCUAUCCUUUACCGCAACCCCAGAGAACUACUACUUAA